GGACGAGUACAAAUCACCAAGGAAAAACCUGAGCAGGGCGUGAUGUAGUUCCGUUCACAAGAGUUCUCUGUCCUUCAAAAUCAAACAUGGACGCAGCUACACGACUUCCGUCGAGAAGAAGGCGUCUCGUGUUUGUGUGCCUCGCUGCCGCCUUGUUGCACCAAGCGCAAGCGCUCCGAUGGCGAGAAAGCAAUGGGCAGGAGGGGCACACGCAACGCCUCCGUUCACGACAAUCCUUGCCGUGUAGUGCAGGCGAGGUUGUACCGGAGCACCGGUAUUUCUAUCAGGGUGGCGCCACACCGCACACCCGUGUUUCGGCACAGUUCUCUGCGGACCCGAACUGUUCGAAAGAGAAUGGGGAUGAGGAUCACUUCCACACCCCGAGCAGGAACAGUUUUUCCACGACGCGUAUGAAGAAAACAAGGAGUAUCUUCUUCAAAAACCAGAACACCAGCAAGAGUAGCACGAGAACAUCUUCUUCACAGAAUAAGGGACAGGAAGUAGUACAUCAACUAGAGCAUGACAUCCACAGCUCAACAUCGAGUUCGACUAGACGCGGUUGUCCGCAGGCUCGUCCUUGCAACUGUUCCUGUGUUUGCCCUGAAACCGUAUUUGUGCCUCCAGUCGCGCCAGCCCUGCUUCAGGCACCACCGACAUGCUCUGGGCCGGCGUGCGGUCCACAGGGUUGCCCGCCAGUGGCGCCCUGUAACUGUUUUUGCGCCUGUCGCCCGCCAGUGCCACAACAAUAAAGCUGAGGACUUUAACAAUUGGAAAGUAGUUAGCUUGUUCGGCGUGUUUGUAUAGGAGGAAAAAGUAUAUUGAACUCAUGUUGAGCGCGUUUGGUUUCAAUAUUUAGUGGAUAUUUGUGAGUUAUGCUUGCUAAUAUGAGUAAGGCCGAAGGUUACCUACCGCAGUCACACAUAUCGAUGGCCUGAAUUUGUUUUUUCCAAUCGCAGUUGCAGAUGCAGAGUGAUGUGAGUACAGCUUGCCGUUGAUAGAUACGUAAAUACGAACUGAAGAAGAUCUAAGUGAAGAUAAAGAAUGCGCAUGCGCCGUCAAUGUCAAACCGCGAGUGUUAACGAGGCAACUCGUGAUUGCGAGGACAAAAAAAAUUGUGUGGUUCUGUUCUCUCGAACAUCCAAGCCGAGGCAUCCUACUCUAUCCUAUCCUAUCCUAUCCUACCUGGCCCUUCUACCGAAGGCAGUACCGAAGAAACAUGAAGCAUUGGGUAGUCAUUGGAACCACAAGAAUAACAGAUUUUCACAUCGUGCUCACUCUUUCGUCC